GUAUGGCGAUAUGACGUCAUAAGGAUGCGCCGCGAUCCUACAUCUGUUGUGAUUCGACUGAAGAAAGAUCAGAAGGCACUGAACAAGGAGAGUCAAGAACUGAGUGAAAUGGAAGAGAAAAAUGAGAAACAUCAUGAUUUCUUGACUGGAGAAAAAGCCACACAUACUAAACAGACCUCCUCACGAAAAAGAGCUAAGACCAAAUCUAGGAGUCAUUUCACCUGUCGUCAGUGUAAAAAAAGAUUCACCCAGAAACCAAAUCUCAAAGUCCAUAUGAGAAUUCACACAGGUGAGAAGCCUUUCAUCUGCGAACAGUGUGGAAAGAGUUUCACCGUAAAAGCAAACCUUGAAAUCCACAUGAGAAUUCACACUGGAGAGAAGCCUUUCACAUGCUUACAAUGUGGACAGAGCUUUACACAUAAAGGAACCCUCAAUGGCCACAUGAAAACUCACACUGGAGAGAGACCUUUCACCUGCAAGUUCUGUGGGAAGAGAUUUGCACGAAAAGAAAGUCUUAAGAUUCACAUGAGAUCUCAUACUGGAGAGAAGCCAUUUGUUUGUGAUCAGUGUGGAAAGAGGUUGAGAUGUAAAGAAACUCUAAAUUACCACAUGAGGAUUCACUCAGGAGAGAAUUGUUAUAAAUGUCUUCAGUGUGGAAAGAGUUUCCCUGAAAAGAAAAGCCUUAAAAAUCAUUUACUAACUCAUACCGAAGAGAAGCCUUUCACCUGCCAACAGUGUGGAACGAGUUUCCAAAUCAAGAAAACCCUGAAAUCUCAUAUGAAAAUUCACACCGGAGAGAAGCCGUUCACCUGCCAACAGUGUGGAAAGAGUUUCAGACAUAAAGUUAGCCUUAAGAUUCACAUGACCAUUCACACUGGAGAGAAGCCAUUCACAUGUGAUCAGUGUGGAAAGUGUUUUAGACAUAAACUAACCCUUAAUUACCACAUGAGGAUUCACUUAAAAGAAAACUCUUUUAAAUGCCAUCAGUGUGGAAGCAGUUUCACAGACAGUAAACAUCUAAAGAAUCAUAUAGAAACUCACGUCGGAGAGAAGCCUUUCAUGUGCAAUCACUGUGGAAGGGCUUUCCCAAGGAAACCAAACCUUGAGGUUCACAUAAGAAUUCACACUGGCGAGAAGCCUUUUACCUGCACUCAGUGUGGAAAGUGUUUCACGGUUAAAGGAAGCCUGAAGAGUCACAUGAGAGUUCACACUGGAAAGAAGUCUUAACCCCAGAGUACAUUUUGUUUUUAGAAGUACGCAAUAGGGUUGUGUGCGGUGUGCAGCCUGAUUUUUGUAAGCGUGUGUUCCCUGUAAGGGCAGCGCAAAAAUGUGCAACAAACUAAUCGAUAAGCAACAAUACAACAACAAUGGUUGAAGACUUGAAACAUUCAAUUUUGGAAAUUUUGGAACAAUUUUGGAAAUUUCAGUGUUUUGAGUGUGACAAUAGGUUUAGACAAAGGAGAAUUUUCAAAAAUAACUGGACAUUCACUCUGGAGGAGAGCAAAUUGAUUGUGAUCAGUGUCAAAAAAUAAAUAAUCUUUUGCCAUCACACUUACAGAUACAGUACACCUAAAAAUGCAGUUAUGAUUUGACUUCGGAAUUAAAUUAUUACGAUUGUUCAAUGUUACUUGAUUAAUUUUAGUGAGAGAAUGUGCGGGUGGAUUAU